UGCCUUUCUUUGGACAGGCCUACUUGUAGUGAUUGGCUUAUCUGAGUUUGUGAGUUAUCUAUGUUGAUUCAUUCGCGCGGCACGAGGGUCUGACGGGUCAUCUGACUUCCCUAGUAUCCUGUCGAUCUGGUGGCUAGCGCUUUGUCAGUUGUGGAAGAGAAGUGCGUAGAACAACUUUGCGAAAUGGGGCGCAUAUUACUUCUUCUACUUUCGGUGUAUUCCGUUUACUGUCAACCAACUGAUUAUGAUAUUCUGUCAGAUGACUUCAUAAACUACAUUAAUUCGCUAAAUUCGACAUGGAAGGCUGGCAGAAACUUCCCACAAGAAACACCGGUGAAACACUUAAAACGACUGAUGGGAGUUCAUCCAGAUUCCUACCUCUUCCAACCACCUGUUCAGAGACAUGCAGUAGAGGACUUAGAAAUUCCAGAGGAGUUUGAUUCCCGUGAGAAAUGGUCCUUCUGCCCUACAAUAAAGGAGAUUCGGGAUCAAGGAUCCUGUGGUUCCUGUUGGGCAUUUGGUGCAGUGGAAGCAAUGUCAGACAGAGUUUGCAUUCAUUCAAAAGGUGAAAAGAAUUUCCACUUCUCAGCAGAAGAUCUUGUAUCUUGUUGUCACUCUUGCGGGUUUGGUUGCAACGGAGGUUUUCCAGGAGCUGCAUGGGCAUACUGGAAACGUAAAGGCAUUGUCAGUGGUGGAGCUUACAAUUCAUCACAGGGAUGUCAGCCUUAUGAAAUACCACCUUGCGAACACCAUGUAAAUGGCACUCGAAUGCCAUGCUCUGGAGAGGGUGGCAAUACACCUCGAUGUGAGAAGCAGUGUGAAGACAGUUACCCUGUGUCAUACUCUGAGGAUCUGCAUUAUGGUGAAUCUGCAUAUUCUGUUGAAGGCAGCAGCAAACAGAUACAGGCUGAAAUUAUGAAAAAUGGCCCUGUUGAAGGUGCAUUUACAGUAUAUGAAGACUUUGUACACUAUAAAUCAGGUGUUUAUCAACAUGUUUCUGGUGUUGCUCUUGGUGGCCAUGCGAUCAAGAUCAUAGGUUGGGGUGUGCUAGAUGACACUCCAUACUGGCUUGUUGCAAAUUCCUGGAACUCUGAUUGGGGUGAUGGUGGAUUUUUCCGGAUCAAGAGAGGAAGCAAUGAAUGUGGAAUUGAGAGCCAAAUUAAUGCAGGGCUCCCAAAACUCAGUGAGUCAUUUUGAAUAAUGCAUCAGUGACUUCGGAUUGUGAAAUGCCCUCUCUGUAUGCAUACUGUGAGUAACUCACUCUGUAAUAACAAGAAAAAAGAUGAUGAAAGAGGGGGAGAGGAACACUAAUCAAUAAGACAUUUGUUGAAAGUUAUAUUUGUUAUAUAUUGUUGAGCAAAUCAUUGCUACAUAUAAUGAGGGGCAUAUAGCCAAUAUUUUAUUGUAACUGAGAUUUUGCCUUAUUAUAUCUGUGCCGCUUAGCCAGUGCAAAAGCUAUUGAAAUAAAAAAUUUUUGCAGCCAUUGAGGAGAGACAUUGUAUACAAUAAUUUUGUGAUAAAACAUGACAUUUUUAGUAGUCUGCAGUAUGUGCCUUCACAACAAAAGUUACUGUUAGAAAGCUGUUGAGUGCUUGCAUACUGUUAUCUGUUGAACUUGUUUGAGCUCAUGCAUCACAUUGUUUAUAUAGAUGUUUAUUUUGUACUACUUAUAUGACAGAACUUCAAUAAAGUUUGGUUAUAGUUUUAAAAAA